UGAGUUUCAUUGGACAACAUUUCGCUCCGAUUUUAACUUCCUGUUUUCAGCUGUAUUAAGUUAUUUUGAUCGAAUUAAUUUCAUCUGAAAACAUGGACGUGUUUUACAUUUUGUGCAUUAUUGUAUGUUGCUAUUUUGAAUAUUCCUACUCUGUUGAAAACGAACCAUCCUGUUCAAAAGCUCCAAAUGAGGAAAAUACGUCUGAAAGACUGUCACGAGUUGAAGCUCAAGUAGAACAAUGGGACAAAAAGAUGGGAAGAUUCGAGGAAACUAUACUCUCUCUCUUAGAACACCGCAAAGACGAAAUGGAAAGACAGCUAGAAAAGCUGCAAGACGAAAUUGAAAAGAAAACUAAAGAUGGACCGGCAACACCACUAAUUGCAUUUAAUGCUUAUACAACUGACAACGGGUUCCACCCAAAGGACAAGGCUGUUAUAUUUCAACACGUUCUACUAAAUGCAGGAGGAGGGUAUAACCAGAAGAUGGGAUAUUUUACUGCACCAGUCGCCGGUCUUUAUCACUUCACAGCGCAUGCGUGUAACCGAGGAGAAUUCUUUAUGGUAUUUUCCAUUAUGCACGAGGGAAACAAGAUUGCUACUAGCACGGAAUAUGAAGAAAAAUAUAGCAGUUGUAGUUCUCUCAGUGCACCGGCUGUCAUGGCGGUUGGAGAGCGUGUGUACAUAAAGUCUUCCUUCGAAACUAGUAACCUACUUUCCGAUGAAUAUCGUUGGCCAUCGUUUAUGGGUGUUUUAGUACGUGGUAAUCAAUGAAAAGAUUCUCUCUGAUUUAGCUAUCGUUGAUUAUCGUUUAUGGGUGUUUUAUUGCGUGGUCAUCAAUGAAAAGAUUCUCUCUGAUUAAGCUGCUGGUGGCCUCCGUUUAUGAGUGUUUCAGUGCAUAGAUUAGCGACGUAAUCGUUUACUAGAGUUUUAGUUCAUAGCCUAGCAAUUGUCAUCGUUAAUGAGUGUUUCAGUGUUUUAAAAUAAAAAUGGACACUUGGUCAUUUCACCAUAACUCGACGUUACGAACUUACAAAGAUGACAUGUGCAUAUAUACCGGUGUAUGCAAAAUAAAGCAUAAACGUUAAUUUGUGUUAAUUUCGGAAGAAAAUCUCUUAGAGAUUCUGUCGAUUUCAUUUAAGAAAUCAGUGAAAUAAAACAUAAACAUUUAGAUACUCACAGGCAGCUUUACCUCACUGUGUUCCUAUAUUUGUAUAUAUUGACCUUGUGGUCUAUUUCUGAUUCUGUUACUUUUUUCUUUGUAUUUAUAUGUAAGUGUUUAAUACAAGUCAAACAAACGAAGCAAACUAUGUAAGUCGUACUUGACAAACAUUAUUUGCAGGAAUGUCAUUUCGCAUUAACUUUAGAGGAUAUCAUUUUUCAGAAAUACCAUUUCUCAAUACCUUCAGAGGAUAUUACUUCGCAUUAACUUCAGAGGACAUUACUUUUCAGAAAUGCAGUAGAAGACAAUUCUUUGCAGUAAUGUUGCAAUGAUUUAAGAGUAUUCUUCAAGUCUUUAUAAAAAGGUACGAUCAAAACACACUAUAUUUAUUUACAAUUAUUAACAUUAGCAAAACAAAGAGCGCUCGUUAUGACUGUUCCCUUAUAAGGAUAUGCCUUUUGGUUAAAACAUGUCCUGAACCUUUUACCUGCUUGCUGGCGGCAAGUGAUUUCGCAGACCAAGAUCAGCCUGCACGUCCGUCGCUAUUCAGUUAGUAAAUUUUCAGUAAACACCUCAUUGAAAAAUGAAUGGUACUGCCAAAAUUUAAUUAUGGACCAGUCGAUUGUAGAAAUUUAGCAGGGUAAGGGUUAAUAGAUUUUAAAUAACAGAUGUUUUUUUUUCAAGAGCGACAAAAAAAAAGAUGUAAUCAUUUUCAAUCUCACAUAUCACAUUAAAUUCACUGCAGAUAAACUACAUAACUGUUUACUUCGUUUUCAUGCAUAAACUAUUUCAAAAUUUAACAUUACAUAGCUUAACAGGUUAAAUAAAAAUAUCGUUUCAUAUGUUUACAACAACUGUUGGCAAAACGUCAAAAAGCUUGGAGGUUGACAAAUGAAGUGAAGUAAAUUACAGUGCAACCUCUCCAGAACGGCCCUCUCUACAGCAAAAACCUCUCUACAACAGCAUCAUCAAAAUUUCCCAUAACAGAAUUUAACUAUCAAUUUAACCUCUGUAGAGCAACAACCUCUCAACAGAGGUCAAUAUUUGCAUUUUCCAAAGGGUGUUGCUCUGUAUUAGCGACAAAAAAUAUAUGAAUAAAAUAGUUAAAAUAGAUAGAAAGUAAAAGAAAAAGAGAUAUUUUGCCAUUUGGAAACUACAAUAUCUCAAAUAUUUUAUCAAUAUCAAGAACGCAAUUAAAUAAUACGCGGAAAGCCCGAGCGGGGCCGAAGGCCCACGAGGGCUUGGAGUGCUUAUAGAUAACAUGUAUGACGUAUGUGAAAUAUAUGAAACAAUAACAAAAACAAA